AUGGCUGUCUCCCUGGUGCUUCCGUUCACCAUCCUCCUCGCUGGCGUUCUCCUCUCUGGACCUGUCUUGGCUGAGGUGGAGACCGCCGUGGAGCUGGGCGAGGUGGUCCUGACGCUGGACGCCAGUAACUUCUCGGAGGUGGUGACCAAGCAACAGUUCAUCGUCGUCGAGUUCUACGCGCCAUGGUGUGGCCACUGCAAGCAACUCGCUCCAGAGUACGAGAAGGCAGCCGCCGUUCUGAGGAAUCACGACCCGCCGUUGGUGCUCGCCAAAGUGGAUGCGUACGAUGAGAGGAACAAGGAGAUCAAGGACAAGUACCAGGUGCAUGCGUACCCCACCAUCAAGAUCAUAGAGAAUGGAGGGAAGGACGUGCGUGGCUAUGGUGGUCCGAGGGACGCUGACGGCAUCGUGGAGUACCUCAAGAAGCAGGUCGGCCCAGCUUCCAUCGAGCUCAGUUCGGCGGAGGCUGCUCAGUCGUCCAUCGGUGACAAGGGGGUGGUUCUUGUUGGAGUUUUCCCUGAGUUUGCCGGUGUGGAGUAUGAGAAUUUCAUGGCCGUGGCAGAGAAAAAACGGUCAGACUAUGAUUUCUUUCACACGUCAGACGCAAGCAUUCUGCCACGUGGUGAUCAGGCCAUCAAGGGCCCUGUUGUUCGUCUCUUCAAACCAUUCGACGAGCUCUUUGCUGAUUCACUGGAUUUUGAUUCAGAUGCUCUUGAAAAAUUCAUUGAGGUGUCUGGUUUCCCUGCAGUAGUUACAUUCGAUGCUGAUCCAACCAACCAUAAGUUUCUUGAGAGAUACUACAGCACUCCUAGUGCCAAAGCGAUGCUUUUCUUGAACUUCAGCGACGACAGAAUUGAGGCCUUCAAGAGUCAGAUUCAAGAAGCUGCCAAGAAAUUCAGUGCUAAUAACAUAAGUUUUCUAAUUGGCGAUGUUGAAUCUGCUGACCGUGCCUUCAAGUACUUUGGGCUUAAAGAGAACGAUGUGCCCCUCCUUUUUGUGAUUGCACAGGGUGGGAAAUAUCUCAAUCCAACUAUCGACCCUGAUCAAAUCAUCCCCUGGUUGAAGGAGUAUAUAUAUGGAAACUUGACUCCUUAUGUUAAGUCGGAGCCAAUCCCAAAGGUGAAUGACCAACCUGUUAAGGUCGUUGUGGCUGACAGUAUUGAUGACAUUGUUUUCAACUCUGGCAAAAAUGUACUGCUCGAGUUCUAUGCACCUUGGUGUGGCCAUUGCCGGAAGCUGGCCCCAAUCUUGGAGGAAGUUGCAGUCGCAUUACAAGACGACGAAGAAGUCGUCAUUGCAAAGAUGGAUGGCACUGCAAACGAUAUCCCUACCGACUUGGCGGUGGAGGGAUAUCCCACGAUCUACUUCUACUCGACCACCGGUGACCUUUAUUCCUACAAUGGUGGAAGAACGACCGAGGACAUCAUCAGUUUCAUCAAGGAGAACAAGGGCCCCAGAGCUGGUGCCAUGGACGAAGUGACGCAGACGGGUGCUGGUGCUGUAGAAGAGGGCAUUACACCUUCAUCGCCGGUCGUCGCGUCGGUGCUGUGCACGUGGCCGUGUGUGUCCCCCGGCGGCGGGAAGGAGCACGCCGUGGCAGUCGGCAACGACGCACCGGACGUCGACGGCUGCGGCGGCGCGGCGAGGGUGCACGUGGUUGUGUCAGAGGAACAUGACUGGAUGUUCGUCGGCAUCUACGACGGCUUCAACGGGCCCGACGCCACCAACUACCUCGUUGCGCACCUGUAUGCGGCCGUGUGCCGCGAGCUCAAUGGCGUGCUGCUGCGCGUAGAGUCUGAGGAGGAGGAGGAAGAGUCUGAGGUGGCGGCGCGGUGCAACGGACGCGCACGCGGCAUGCGGGAGCACGCCCACGACGUGCUGGACGCGCUUGCCCGCGCCCUGAGGAGCACGGAGGCCAGAGUCCCGUGGGGUUACCUCCGCAGCGGUGUCACAGCGACGCUCGCCGACCAGCUGGGAUCGGCCGUGUUCUUCUGCAGCGGGCUCCCCAGCAGCGGGGUCUCCAUCGAGAUCAGCGUCUCCUUUGUCGACGCGGCUGCAGUCGGGGAGGAAAUAGAGGUUGAGGGGAAGUUGUUGCGUGCUGGAAAGUCAGUUGGUGUCGUCUCUGUCGAUUUCAGGAAGAAAAAGACAGGAAAAUUGAUGGCACAGGCCCGUCAUACCAAGUAUCUUGUGGCAUCAAGCAAAUUGUGA